CGUUUGGCCAGGCUUACUCACCUAUGUCUUAUCCCAUCCAAAGACAGUCUCAAGUCCAGACGUGUUCACUCCCCGAGACUCCAUUCCAGUGAACUCAACUCAUGGCUUCUUCCACUCUUCACCAAAGCCUUGCCUUCCUCCUCAAACCCGUUAACCCAAUUUACACCACCAGACCCAGACCCACAACCACUACCACCUACGUUGCCAUACGCUGCGGUCCGCGCUCCAACCGCGGGCCCCUCAUGAAAGGCCGCAUCCUAAGCAUCGAAGCCAUCAACGCCAUCCAAACCCUCAAGCGAGCUCACAAGUCCUCCUCCUCCACCACACCCGAUUACUCCCCACUCCUCUCCCGCCUCAUCAAAUCCGACCUCCUCGCUACCCUACGCGAGCUCCUACGCCAAGACCACUGCGCCCUCGCUCUCCACGCCUUCUCCGCCGUCCGAUCUGAAUACCACAACCCGGACUUGUCCCUCUACGCCGACGUGGCCGCCGCUCUCGCCAGGAACAGGAUGGUGGAAGAUCUCGACCGUCUGAUCUGUGACUUGGAGACAGAUUGUGGCCGGGGUGGGAUCCAGUGUGACGACAAGGGGCUCAUCAGGUUGAUCAAGGCGGUGAUUGGUGCUGAUAGGAGGGAAUCGACGGUCAGGAUUUACGAGAUGAUGAAGAGGAGUGGGUGGGGGUCCACUUUUGAGGCGGAUGAGUAUGUGGUUAAGGUUUUGAGUAAAGGGUUGAGGAGGCUUGGGGAAGAGAGUUUGGCUGUUGAGGUUAAGGGGCUCUCUAGGAGCAAUUUGGAGAAAUUGAGAGUGUAGAGAAUAUUUCAUGUACAAUUUUGCUUCCAAUUUGUAAUAAUAUUAGGAACUAAUUAUAUUAA